AAAUCACUUGCCCUAUCAGAGUAUUUGAGUGCUUUUGUUAACAAAGUAGGGUACGGCACCCUGAAAGGAUUCGACAAUGUCAUCAACCUAAUUGUCAACGAUAGUCAUGAGAGGGUCUUUAGUCCAGAACGCGGAGUGGAGCAGGUACCUUUGGGGCUGUCAAUCAUUCGAGGGCAAAAUGUAGCCGUAAUUGGCGAGGUUGACGAGGAUCUGGAUGGCCGCAUUGACUUCGACAACUUGCGUGCUGAACCCCUAAAUCCUGUUGUUCAUUGA